AUGGAACAAAGUCAAGAAACAAAAGAUAUCAAUGACUGGCUUCCCAUCACAAAAUCAAGGAACGCAAACUGGUGGUACUCUGCUUUCCACAAUGUCACUGCCAUGGUUGGUGCUGGUGUGCUUGGCCUCCCCUAUGCCAUGUCUCAACUUGGAUGGGGCCCUGGAGUUGCUGUGCUGGUUCUUUCAUGGAUUAUUACUCUGUACACCUUAUGGCAGAUGGUAGAGAUGCAUGAAAUUGUGCCUGGGAAGAGGUUUGAUAGGUACCAUGAGUUGGGGCAGCAUGCCUUUGGAGAAAAGCUUGGGCUUUGGGUUGUGGUGCCCCAACAAUUAAUGGUUGAAUGUGGAGUGUGCAUAGUUUAUAUGAUUACAGGUGGCAAUUCCAUCAAGAAGAUUCAUGAUACUCUGUGCCCUAAUUGCAAAUCUAUCAAAACCACCUACUUCAUCAUCAUCUUUGCCUCUGUCCACUUUGUUCUCUCUCACCUCCCUAGCUUCAAUUCCAUAGCUGGUGUUUCUCUUGCUGCUGCUGUUAUGUCCUUGAGCUACUCUACCAUUGCUUGGACAACUUCUGUGCACAAAGGGGUUGAUCCACAAGUGCAGUAUGGUCCCAAGGCUUCAAGCACUGCAGGAAAUGUGUUCAACUUCUUUAGUGCUUUGGGAAAUGUAGCUUUUGCUUUUGCUGGGCACAACGUGGUUUUGGAGAUUCAAGCAACAAUUCCUUCUACACCAGAAAAGCCUUCCAAAAAACCCAUGUGGAAGGGUGUGUUUGUUGCUUAUAUUGUGGUCGCAUUGUGCUAUUUCCCUGUUGCUCUGAUCGGUUACUGGGUGUUUGGAAACAACGUCGAAGAUAACAUCCUCAUAUCAUUGCAGAAGCCUCGUUGGCUUAUAGCUGUUGCUAAUUUCUUUGUUGUUAUACAUGUCAUUGGAAGUUAUCAGGUCUUUGCAAUGCCAGUGUUUGACAUGCUGGAAUCAUUUCUACUAACGAAGAUGAAAUUCAAGCCAUCUAUGUUGCUUCGCUUCCUAACACGAACCGCAUUUGUUGCAUUCACCUUGUUCAUCGGAAUCACAUUCCCUUUCUUUGGUGGGCUUCUCAGUUUUUUUGGAGGAUUUGCUUUUGCUCCCACAACAUACUUUCUCCCUUGCGUCAUGUGGCUUGUCAUCUACAAACCAAAGAAGUUUGGCCUUUCUUGGUGGGCUAAUUGGCUCUCCAUCAUAGUUGGAGUGUUAUUGAUGGUUUUAUCUCCAAUCGGCGCAUUGAAGAACAUCAUAAGUCAAGCCAAGGAUUUCAAAUUCUACUCUUGA